UGGAGGCGGCGGCCAUUUUGGCUCUGCUGUGGAAGAGACGGGAGAGAGCGGCGAAGAGGGCGCCGAAGCAGGAGCGCCGGCCUCGCCUGGCCCCAGCGCCUCACCGUCUCGCCCGCCUGCCUCUAAGCCCAAGGCCCCGUCAUGUCUGACACGCUUGGCGGCGGCGGCAACGCCCGUUCUGACGAGACAGGCGAGGAGAAACAGGACUCACAGGAGAAGGAAGCGGUCAUCCCCGAGAGAGCGGAGGAGGCAAAACUCAAAGCCAAAUACCCCAGUUUAGGACUCCAGAAACCCGGCGGCUCCGACUUCCUAAUGAAAAGACUCCAGAAGGGGCAAAAGUACUUCGACUCCGGGGAUUACAACAUGGCGAAGGCCAAGAUCAAGAACAAGCAGCUGCCAACCGCAGGGACCGACAAGAACUUGGUGACGGGAGACCACAUCCCGACGCCGCAAGAUCUCCCGCAGAGGAAAUCCUCCCUCGUGACCAGCAAGCUGGCAGGGUAACCUGCGCCCCUCCGCCUCCCGAUGAGUUUUCUUCUUUUUUUUUCCUUUUGGGGUUUUUUUGAUUUAUUUUUAUUAUGUAUAUUUUUUUUUUGGUCAGAUGGAUUGAACUUUGCUGUAUCAUAAGGCUGGGAUAAUUCAGGACUCGUUUUAGCCGUCGGAAAUAUUUAUACAAAUCCCCAAGCAGGA